GCUUACACAGAGUACAAAACAUACAUAGAUCCCCUCUCAAGUUAAAUUUGGUUUUCUGUCAAGGAACAAGAGUCCAAGACAGCCCAACCAAAACCCUUUCUUGGCUUCUUUUGCCCGACCUACUUCUUGUUUUUAUCCAUUUUUUCUUCUAUUUUUGGCGGCAUUAAUUAUUUUGUGUUGCUGAUUGUGUUUUUUGGGAAGUCAAACAGUCUGGCUUCUGAGUUCAUACAGAUUUCUUGAAUCCGUAUCCGUGGUUCAACUGAUUGAACCAUGGGAAAGUUGUAGAGUUUUGGGCUUGAGAUGGAUUUUUCUGAGGAAAGGUGCAGGUUUGUAUUUGAUCCCUGGAAAUUCUGCUGUUUCUUGAGGUGGAUUCUGUGAAAAGAUUGGUUUUUCUCGAUACGUUUUGUCAGAAUUUUGUGUUUCAUUGAUUGAGAGAUUCUUACUUGGAUUGAUAGGCUUGUGGGUUUUGGGAAUGAGAUGAUAUUGAUCAAUUGGUUGUGGCUUGGGAAUUCUCUGCUUUGUUGGAAAUUUUGUUUCAGGAUAAUGUAAAGAUACUGAGACUCUUUUAUCAGCAUUCUUUGAUUCAUUUUGAGCAGAAUUAGUUUAGUGGGAGCAUCGAAGUUUUAGGUGGCGAUUUAGGAGUGAAAGUUGUGGCUUUUCGUCCAUUUGUUGAUAUGUCUGGUGGAACCCCAGUUGGAGGUGGAUACAUGAGACAGAGGUAUAGUCAGGGAUAUGCAUCAAGUGGUGAUGAUCUCGAGGAUGACGCAUGCUCAAGACCAAUUCCUUCAGCUACCUUAGUUCCUAAAACUCGGACAUGGGUUGAGGUUGUAGAGAAUUUUCUUUGGAUUGCAUCCGCAGUUUUUAUCAUUUAUUAUGGUGACAGACAUUCGAAUUUUAUAUACCUCCUUUGGCAUGACGAUCGCAUUAGAAGGAUUCCAUUGUACAUGGGGAUGUUGGGAAUCAGUUUGAAUGUUCUAUUUUUCUUGUAUACAAGUAUGUUAGCUUGGGGUGUUCGGAAGUCCAGUGAGAAGUGGGAGAUUUCAAGUAUAGCUGCCUUGCCAUUCAUUACUGUGCUUGGGCUCAUUUCUUUCUGCUUGUUCUCUUUUGCAUUGUGGCCAAUCUGGAGUUUCUUGACCCUGCCUCUUGUGUUCACUCUAUUCAUGGCGGGCAUGGUUAUCUUGCCAUAUUUGCUUCUUGGGACUUUCAAGCCGCAACCUGAUGUGCUUCGCACAGAUUAAACAUUUUUUGGGCUCAAUUGAACAAAUUCCUGACUCAAUAGGGACAGAGCAUGGAUAGCAUUUCCGCUGCCGGAGGAUGUCGCUAUGUGGCACUCCAUUCAUUCAUUGGACACUGGUGAUCCCCAGAAGGAGAUCCUGCGUAUUAUUUUUCCCCCUUUUGUACUAAAAUUAGUUUUUUUUUUUUUUUUAAGACAGCUGAAGUGCCAGAAUUACAUCCAGGCAGCGACCUGCUAUUAAUUCAGUAAUCUCUUGAUUGACUGCCAGUAAGAAAUGAUUACAGAUCACGGAAAUACAAUGGUAGGCUUAUUAUGAUGUGAGUUCAGCUCGAUAUCGCUUUCCUCUUAUCUGGAGUUGGUUCCACUCUUUUAGACUGCUGGAAUAGUUUUUGGUUCCACUCUUUUAGACUGCUGGAAUAGUUUUUCCGAACUUUCUUGCAAUCUUAUAUGUACAUUCUGCUCUUUAGAUUCCUAAGAUUACAAGUAGCUGUAACAUGAGUGAAAUGGGUGAUGAUGGUACAUACAAAUCCCAGAGCUUUUUUUUA